CCAAACAAAGUCUUUCUUCAGAUUUCAGGUAUAUAUUUUACUGUUCAAUAUUCUAAAUAUUCUAAACAUGAUUCACCUGAAGUUUGAUAUUAUUUUCAUUUGACUGUUUCAGCAUGUUUUAAAUAUCAAAAUUAUCAUCAUUGAUGCGAGUAAUAAUUUCAGUAUAAUAAUAGAUAUCUUAAUAGAAGCUUAGGUGUUCUUCAGAUACGAAUUUCUUGAAGUCUCAUUCAUUCAAAUGUUUGAAUGACAUUUGAAAUUCUCCACCGUUGGUUUAUGGUGUAUCGAAUUUCAAUGUAUAAUUAUGCAAAUUUAAAUUGUUAUAACAUUUAGUAUUUAUAUAACUGAUUUUUGUACUGUUUUUACAGAAAAUAUGCCAUUUAAAUGCUGUGUAACUGGUUGUCGGGGAAAUUAUAAAGGUACUGAAAAGGUGCAUACAUUUUCCUUUCCCAAAAAUGAUGCUCUUAGAGAGAGGUGGCUAAGAAAUAUACCUAGGAAGGACUUCUCAGCAACUCCAUAUUCUCGGGUGUGCCAUAAACAUUUUCAACCUGAUGACCUCAUCUGGGAAACAUCAGCUUUCGAUGAAAAAAAUGGGAAAAUCAUUAAAGCUUCACUGCAGAGACCAAAACUAAAAGAAGGCGCUUUUCCUAGCAUAUUUGAUGGCUGUCCAUCGUAUUUAUCUUCACAAGCUGGUAGUUCGAGAAAAAGUCCGAAUGAGAAAAAAAUGGAACGAGAAGCAAACCUCAUGAUGAAAGCUAUUGCUCAUAGUAAAUUAUCAGCUGCUGAGUAUUAUAAAUCGAGGACAUUUUCAGACUUUAAUGAACUUUUAACCUGUUGUACGCAAUAUAAAUUUUCUACAUUUUGGAACGUUGUGCACAAAGACAAUAUCUUGAUGUUUUUGAAUUUAAAAUGCACUGAUGGAUGUGUAAAAUUGCUUUAUGCAGUCCACAUUACUGCAGAUCUUUUAUUAUCUGUAUCGUUUCAAAAUAAGUUAUUGACUCAUAUCAGUAGUAAGUAUAAUGAGUUACCUAUAAAAGUAAGUAAUAUUAAUGAAAUUCAUGAAAUACUUGAUCAUAUUGAAAUGUUAGAAACUAAAGACUUAAUGAAUUCGAUUGAAAUUAUAAUCAACCUGAUGAAAUCUUUAAGUUUCACAAAUGAAGGUGAUAAAAUUUUAUUUGAGUUCAUGAUUGAACAACUUUCUCUUGUAAAAUGUAAGCCCCAAAAUCGUCAAUAUUCAUCCAAUACCUUAAUUUUAGCUUCUAUGUUUUAUUUGUUAUCGCCCCAAGCAUAUAAAUUUGUCCGACAAUCUGGUAAUUUAAUUUUGCCUCAUCCAAGUACUAUACAUAAAAUAAGUUCUAAAUUAAAUGUAAAUCCCCAAAAGGAAACAGAUGAUAUGUUGUUUUUGGCAUAUGCUAAGCAAAAAGCUUGCUAUCUGAAAGAGCAUGAAUUAUAUGUUUCAUUAAUGAUGGAUGAAAUUCACAUCAGACCUUUUCUUGACUACAAAAGUGGAGAUAUUGUUGGAAUUGGCCAGGAAGUUGAUAACUUAGCUUCUAGUGCACAUGUAUUUAUGAUACAGAGUAUUUUGUGCUGCUUUAAAGAUGUUGUCCAUAUAUUACCAUCGAAGAAAAUGACAGCUGAAGUUUUGUUCACUGUUUUGAAAAAAAAUAAUUGUUGGUCUUGAAGCAAUAGGUUUCAAAGUAAUUGU